AUGCCAGGUUUCAGCGGUCAUAAGAUACAUACUGAAACUGAAACUCACGCAAGAAACAAGGUGUUUUUCUUGCAAUGGCCUUCGCACAUGCGCCAGGCUCAGUUAACUUCACUUGUCGUUGACCACCUUCAGGGAUCCAACACAACCAAUGAGUUUACUGGAGUUGGUGUUUUCCACAUCUACUGCGACAAUCACCAAUUCCCAUCAUGCUGCCGACCCGUCGACGCACUGGGGAUUCUCCUGCGUCAAUCCUACGAGUCAUACUCCAAAAAAAUGGACGAAGUCCCGACAUCAGAACCUGGUCCCGAAAAAUCAAAACUGGAGCUGGAUACAGAACAUGCCACUAACCUUCUCAGGCGUGCCUUUAGCGACUUCUCCACCGUCUUCAUCUGUAUCGAUGGCAUGGAUGGCUGGUCUGACGCAGACCUGCGUGACUUUCUCCAGUAUUUAUACGAGGCGCUCUACGAUGUUGCGACGUGGAGGCUCUUUUAUGCGGACAGCGACUAUUACCGGCGGUCGAGUUUAGAAGAAUGCUUGGGUUCCUCUGUCGAGUCUCUAGGGUAUUACACACUGGAUGAUCAUACCUGGGCAGAUACUGAGGUGUAUAUCAUGCACUGGAUGCGCAAUUGCGAGGCUGGCUUUGAGUUGAGCGAUGCGUUGACGAGCGAGGUUAUUGCGUUUUUCCAUCGGCGUCGCCGUCAAGCAGAUUCACCUGCUGAAACCGAACUUCGACUACGGUGGAUCCUGGACGCGCCGACACUUUUUGCUGCGCGGAGGAAUCUGCUGGCGAAAGGAUCUGGGCCCGGGAAUUGGGGACUGGAGCGGAUUGUUGAAGAUAUAUUGGCGCGAUUCCAGAGCCUACCGGGGACGGAUAUGAGAAUGAAGCUGCUGACAGCGGUUCUUCGGAGGGGAACGAUCACCCUCGAUGAGCUUGCAGGAUACUGCAAGGAUGCUGAUGUCGUGAUUCCCAGCGGACUGGAUUCCAUUCAGAACUAUGUCUCGAGCACCUCUCUCAGCUUGAUCGUGUUCUGGAAGGCGUCGCAAACGCUGAGCAUUGCAAGUCAUGACAUCAGAAAAGCCUUGGAAAAGAAGUAUUUUCCUUCAGGGUCAGUCGAGGAGAGCUCAUCGACGCCUCCUCUUAGAAGCAAGUAUGGCGCAAAGGCAAAGGACGACGAAAUAUCACGAAGUGUCGUGCGAGACGGAGACUACACAUACACAUACACCUAUUCGUAUGACAAGAACGGGGAGCCCGAUAUCGACAUCGACGUCGAUUAUCCUUACCAGAGCAGUGAAUUCGACGAUAGAGAACAGCAGACUAGCAUCGCUGGGCCUGCUUCCAAGCAUCAAGACCAAGAGCCACAGCCAAAGCGCAAGCGCAGUCGAGAUGAUGACGAGGCGGACCUGGACCGCCGCAUAUCUUCCGCCAUCAUAACCGACCCGCCAAGUGUGACAUGGGACCAGGUUGCCGGCUUAACUGCAGCCAAGGAAGCGCUCCAGGAAGCCACCAUCCUGCCCCAGAUGUUCCCGAGUCUCUAUGGACCUGGUGGCGAUGCCAAGCACACCUUGAUCCGAAGUAUCCUGCUGUACGGACCACCAGGGACAGGCAAGACAUUCCUUGCGAAAGCGGUGGCUGCAGAGACGCGACGGACCUUCUUCAGCAUUAGCGUGGCCGAUCUGAUGAGCAAAUGGUAUGGGGAGACGGAGAGACUCAUCCGCCAACUCUUCGUACUCGCUCGCCGACGAGGGCCGUCUGUGGUAUUCAUCGACGAGAUAGACUCCCUCGGGGGGUCGCGAGAGGCAGAAGCUCAGCACUGGCUGGCGGUGCAAACAGAGCUGUUUGUGCAGCUGGAUGGUCUGAAGGCAGACAAUACAUCGGUGUUGGUGAUUGGGGCUACGAAUGUCCCGUGGCAUUUGGACAGUGCUCUACGUCGGAGGUAUGUUUCCGCUUAG